UGGGAGCUAACAUGGCUGCCAUAGAAUGUUGAAGUGGCAUGUAAAUGCAUCAUAAUGCAGAAACCUUUUCAAACGGUACUGUUUUUGGUACGGUAGCUACUCCGUCAGCCACAGGCAGAAGGGCUGUACAGGGAAAGGGAGGGCUGACGGCGAGGCAAAGUGGGGAGAGAGGAGAGGAAGAACUCGGGGCCUGACCACCACAUCUUUUCAUGCGAAGAAACGGCACUGUCAAAAACUCCUGUUUUUGGUCAUCCGAAAACGACUCUGGCCCGGGCCCCAGUCCGCGGUCUUGAGUUAGAUAGCGGAGUGUGAUUGAAGCACGUUUAUCGGUGUCCCAGCACGUCUUUUCCACCAAGGAGGUAGUAAUGGGUGACAGCAGAGAUUCCCGCAGCCCAGACAGCUCCUCUGUGUCCUCCCCUCCCUCUGGCCAGCGCUCGCCACCCCUGACCCCCACAGCUGCCGCAAUGACUUCUCUGCCGCCCGCCACCUCGGCCGUCAACAGCCCCAUCAGCAGCAUGGGCUCGCCCUUCUCUGUCAUCAGCUCCUCCCUGGGGUCGCCCUGCCUGCCCGGGACACCCUCAGUGGGUUACGGCCCCAUCAGCAGCCCCCAGAUCAAUAUGUAUACCAGGAGUGCAGAGAUCAACUCCACAGUGUCCAUGUCGGGCCUGCACGCGGUCAGCAGCUCGGAUGACGUGAAGCCUCCGUUCGGGCUGGGAGGCAACAGCCCAGGGGGCCCCAUGCUCUCCCAAAAGCGCCUGUGUGCCAUCUGUGGUGACCGCUCCUCCGGUAAGCACUACGGAGUGCACAGCUGCGAGGGCUGCAAGGGUUUCUUCAAGCGCACGGUGCGCAAGGACCUGAGCUACACCUGCCGGGACAACAAGGACUGCCUGGUGGACAAGCGCCAGCGCAAUCGCUGCCAGUACUGUCGCUACCAGAAGUGUCUGGCUAUGGGCAUGAAGAGGGAAGUGGUCCAAGAUGAACGACAGAGAUCCGUGCAGGAAGAGCGCCAGAGGAACAAGGAGCGGGAGAGCGAGGUGGAGUCGACCAGCGCCGUCAACGAGGAAAUGCCCGUGGAAAAGAUCCUGGAGGCCGAGAUGGCCGUGGAGCAGAAGACCGAGCUGCAUGCCGACGGGAGCUCCGGGGACAGCUCGGUAAAUCCCAAUGACCCGGUCACCAACAUCUGCCAGGCUGCAGACAAGCAGCUGUUUACCCUGGUGGAGUGGGCCAAGAGGGUCCCCCACUUCUCUGAGCUGGCCCUGGACGACCAGGUCAUCCUGCUACGUGCCGGUUGGAACGAGCUGCUGAUCGCUUCCUUCUCUCACCGCUCCAUCAGUGUGAAGGACGGCAUCCUAUUGGCCACCGGCCUACACGUGCACAGGAACAGCGCCCACAGUGCCGGCGUGGGAGCCAUCUUCGACAGGGAGAGUGCGCACAAUGCAGAGGUUGGAGCCAUAUUUGACAGAGUUCUCACUGAGCUGGUCAGUAAGAUGAGAGACAUGCAGAUGGACAAGACCGAGCUCGGCUGCCUCCGAGCCAUCAUCCUCUUCAACCCAGAUGCCAAGGGACUGUCCAGCCCAAGUGAAGUGGAAUUGCUGAGGGAGAAGGUGUACGCAUCGCUGGAGUCCUAUUGUAAACAGAGAUACCCCGACCAGCAGGGCAGGUUCGCUAAGCUCCUCCUUCGGCUGCCAGCGCUGCGCUCCAUUGGCCUGAAGUGCCUGGAGCACCUGUUCUUCUUCAAGCUGAUUGGCGACACCCCUAUCGACACGUUCCUCAUGGAGAUGCUAGAGGCGCCCCACCAGCUGACCUAAGAACCAGGUUCUGCCCUGGUCCAUUUUGCACCAGGGGUUCUAGUUCUGGCACCCUGGUUCUGGGGCUUCACCAUGUCUGCUGGUUUUGAUGUCCCGCUCACACCAACCCCACCACCCCUUCACCCAUAACCCCCCCAAGCUUAUACAGCUCCGAAAGACCAUAUGCUGUCAAACACACAGGCGCAAACACUUUUUCACAGUAGGGGUUAAGACACAUUGAAAUAUCUCCUUUUUAACUGCUUAAACAAGUUUUUAUCAUGAGUUAGCCUUCAGUUGGUAUCCUCCAGCUUUGAGUGUAAACGCUUCUGCGAAUCCGGUAGACCUCUCAGCUUCUUGUGGGGUUCGUAAGUUAUUCAGAUACAUUGCUGUGCGCAUAGAUAUGACGAGUGGCUUACUCCGUCUUAGGCUUUACUCUUGGGAUUAACCCAAACACGUCAUGAUCAGGUGCGUAAUAUUUCAAUCAACUGUUACCCAACUUCUAUUGGUCAGGACACWGCCAAUAGAGGCAGACACGCCCCUCUGAGUUCACCAAUCCGAAUGUGAUUUGAAUACUAUGCUUUAAUCAUGCUUAAAUGCGCUGAAUUCAUUCUGAAGUACUGUACUCUUAAAAUGAGACCUUUUUUAAGGCAUUGAAAUCCAAGGAGGGGGCACUUUGGUUGGCCCUUAAAGCUCACACCAGGCUUUCAAAGAGAGAAACUGACUUGUAAGAUGUGUUCUUUGUUGCAUUUAGCUGUUUGUUCUCCAAACAAGGGCCAUUGGGCACAGGAAGUGCAACCUGGUUCAAGAGCACUGCGUUCAUUGGUGCUGUUGUAGAUGUUUCUUUUGUUUGACACCCUCUACUUUGCUAAUGGUCAUUUUUGCACUCUGUGAAACAUUACUGUGUAAGUAAACAGGUUUCUGCAACAAAUAUCUGCCCAUCUUUAAGAAACUGUGGCAACCACAKCGAAUCUCUCCAUCUCAUCUUAAAAGUCUUAAGAGCCAAGGUGUUAAUGGCCGUGCUUCGUUCUGUGAAAUGGCCAUCCGGUCUAAGAAAGCCUUGAUAUCAUUCGAUAUCUUGUUCCAGUGGUCUACUGUACCCCUACAACUCCCCUUCUGAAUCCUCAGUUUGUGUCAUUCAAGUGCUUGCAGCCUCUUUCCGUUAACUUUUUAACAAUAUGUAAAUACGAUGACACAUCUACUCCUUCACUAGAGCACGACUGGGCAAUCCCAAUAUGUGCAUACAGUAGGGAAAACACAGGGGUUAGCAAGCAUGUUAGCAAACAACAACAAAAAAUUCCCCGAUAGCAAUAUGAACAGAUAUUGUACACAUUCAAUAUGUACUGUAAAAAAAUAUAGAUAUAAUCGUAAAAGGGUUUUACCCAUAGACUGGAUUUUAAGCUUGAAAACCUCACCUCAUUGUCACUGUCUAUUAGGUCUAGUUGUUGUGCUAGUAGUUCCGUCACUCUUGACGCGAUGGUAUUCUAUAGGGAUGGUAUUCUAUAGGGCUGCUGUGUCACGGGCAGGGCGAUAGACCCCGCCCCCUUAGCCUGCCCAGCCUGUGACAAUACUUUGUAUUUUAUUGUGGAGCUGAUUGGUUGGCUUCAGCCGAUGACCCUGCCAGCCAUCUACCGCGACUGUAUUGUGUGGUCUGCUUACACAAAGCUAAGCAAUAGGGGCCGAUUCAGCUCCCCCAUAACAGAACUAGCUGUCAACACAUUAGAUACAAACUUUGAACUGAAAUAUUAAAAGAGCAUCAUUACACACAACGUGAGCAGUAUUGGCGGAUGCAUAACGAUUGAGACCAUAUUGUGUGCAUAGAAGGAUUUAGAUGUGUUGGUCGUUUAUGAAGUAUUUGGAGAUUCAGAACAGAAAUUAGGAUGUAGAAUAGAGAUUGCUGUAUCGCUUACUGGACAGAAAUUCAGCUGUCCUAAAGUUGGGUGCUACACGACUCAUGUGGUCUUACAAUUAUAGAUGUGCUUGUUUACACCAGUGGAGGCUGGUGGUAGGCGCUAUAGGAGGAUGGGCUCAUUGUAAUGGCUGGAAUGGAAUUGACAUUUUUAGUAAUUUUAGAAGAUCCUCUUAAACAGAGCGACUUAGAGGAGCAAUUAGGGUUAAGUGCCUUGCUCAAGGGCACAUCGGCAGAUUUUUCACCUAGUUGGCUCAGGGAUUCGAACCAGCGACCUUUCGGUUACUGUCCCAACUGUCUUAACCGCUAGGCUACCUGCCGCCCGUUCAAUGGAAUGCUGUCAAACACGUUGUUUCCAUGUGUUUGAAGUGUUUGGUACCAUUCCAUUUACUCCAUUCCCGCCAUUACAUUGAGCCCGUCCUCCUAUAGCUCCUCCCACCAAUGCAAACACAGUACACAAACAAAACGCUAAGAGUGUGCAAGUACACACCCUCCACCUUUUUUCCCUCUUGAAACUGAGGUCUACUUAAAAUAGGAUUCCCACUCGGCCGUACUCUUUUCAGCCGAUCCCCUACAUUGACUUGCAGUCAGCCCUUUCUGGCGGGAGAGGAACACCUCCCCCAUGUAAUGUGUAUAUGGAGGAUGAUACCUGUCUAACAGGGUGUCCUACUCCAAGCCUGUGAACAGGCCGUGGGAGCACUGUAGACCAUUUACAUGCCCGUCGGGUUUAUGUACGUCUAUACAUGUGAACAUGCACAUGCUCUGUUCCUCAGUGUCCAGAUUGUGAAUGUACAGAGAAGAGCUGCGUCGCUUGUUGUCGCAUCCCGAUUUCAGAGCGAUGAAUCGAAUUCGGAAUCAGUCGCUGCAGAAUAAAAUGAACGAUUAGAACUCGAGAUCAGUCUUAAGGAAUUUAGUCCCACGGGGUAGAGUAUCUUAUCUGUGUAUCCCCAGUGUGAACCACGAUCUUGUCACGAUGUUGGCAACAAUCCCUCAUGUAAUUCCCUCGUUUUUUUGUUGGAGCUUCCUCAGUUGAAUGUGAACGCAUUUCAAUCUCCCAUUUCUUAACAUUAGAAAAGCCUGGCCUUGAGGGACCCCUCUUCAAGCCAAAACGAGUCUUUGACUCCAACAUUCUAACAGUCUAAUAAAUUAAUUUCAUAUGUGCUAUUGGAAAAAUAAUAUUUUGCUUGUGUUUAUGAAGGACUUAGGUAACAGAAUGCCAAAAAAGUAUUAUUUCAAAGAACAAAAUAGCAUUUUCAUUAGUUUGUUACUGUAGGCUAUUUGUUUUCUCAUGCUCAAGUGUAGAGCUCAUGGAACAGAGGUAAUUAUUGGAAAAGGGAUAUUUUGAAAUAGAGCCAAUACUAUAUAGAAAUCAGUCUUACCUGCAUGUGAGUGUAGGAGGAUUUCAAAAAGUCACUUGUCGCUCCGAAAAAUAUAUAUCCUCUUUAGAACUGCUUAUAACACAAAAUGCUAACAUGCGUGUGUUAAAUAGACGUAUUUAGGAAAAGUCAGACUGAGGGAGGCAUGACUUUUAAAAUGGCAGAGAUAUUUAAAUUUCAUAUUUAGUCCAAAAGACUUUACUUGCCUCUUCUAGUGCUGUAACAGUGCAUUUUAAAGAUCCCUUGUUAUGCUGUGUCUUGUCCUGUAAAAUUCAGUUUAGCUGUGAGCAGCGAUUACAGUAUACGUAUAACAGCCCUAUAAGAAUUCUACAGGUUCUAUAAGCUAGCAUUUUCAGGUUGUUCAGGCAGACAGUUUAUCAGAAGAUUUUUUUUGAACUGCCUGUACACUAUGUUUAUGUGCCUGUGUUGAUUUGUCACUAUAUCCACUGUGUACAAUGAAGUCUUGAUCUGGUUAUACCAGCAAGCUCGGGUGUGCUGCAGCAUGGAGAGAGGUUUUCAACAACACAGAAAGAUGCACAGAAGAGCAGGGCGCAAGCGAAGUGGGGCGUAAAUUUGCGUACACGUUGCCCGAGCCCUUCUCUUCCCUUGCCAACCGAGUGCAGUGUCCCUUUGGUAUUACUUGAUGGCAGUGCUGCGGCGGUCUUCGCCCUUGGAGACAGACCGCCGGCGUGCGGCCCAAAGAUGCGUGUCCCUCGUGACCGCGUGCACUCAAGGCAGACGCCUGGACCUUUUGAUUACAUUCAUUUAUCUUCAACUUACUUUUGAAAUCAGUUGCUUUAAAAAAWUUAAAAACUCUUAAAAUUUUGCAGGCUGUGAAGCUGUCAUGUGUUGGUAUCUAGCGGGAUGCAAUACUUAUUUAAUAGGCACCCUGGUGCAAAGGUCAACUCUGUGAUGAUCAAAACACCCCAUGCGGUUGGUUGGUGUCACCCCUGUGAUGACGUAACACAGGUGUGAAGGCCAGCGUUGAUGCUGUGCCACGCUGAGGUCCCAUGGCUGACUGUUUAGUAUUCAGAGUGUUGUGCUUUGUCACUAAAGAACUCCCCUUUUAUAAGAAAGGUGCCACAGCAAGGGGGAGGGCACUAGUCGGGGUGGUCCCUAUGGUGAUUAUACUGUGCAUUGGUGUUUUUUUUAACUGGCCAAGAGAGCAGAGUUACAAGCUAGGAACGUGCACCGAUAAUUUGGCUAUUUGGAUCCCGGUUUUGUCUUCCGUGUCCAACGCAAACAGGAGUGUGUUUACGUAGAAAAAUAUGCAUUGGACACUGCCAGCAAACCUUGGCUUAAGCUGAGAAAAACAUUGGAGCCAAUGCAUAGAUCCCAAAGGUGCGCGCUGAAGUCACGGCUCUGGAUAGUGUCCCAUUACGCGGAUGAACUUGAGGGGAGGGCCAACUCAACAUGCUCAGAGGAGAAUGCGUUCAAAGUGGGAUAAGUGCUUAGGGUGGUUUCACUUGAUCAGAUGUUGUUUUGUUGAUCAAGAAAAGCUGUUUUCGUUAGAUCUCGAGAUUUCCUGUCGUUGAUUCCCGCCAAAAUACACCGCUUCUUUGUUGUGCUUGACUCUUUCCUUUGACCGCGCUAUUCAUCUGUCUGUAUUCAGGACUAUUAAACACAUGCAGGAACUGUUAUAUCACAUGGGAUCUUCAACUUCCUUUUUCUCAUGUCUAUUUUUUUUGUCAUGUUUUUAUCUCUGACUCCAGCAUACAUGUGGAAAUGAUUGACUGUUUUGUGUGUUUUGGGGAAGGAAAGGCAUUUUUUUGUCAUUUAAUUUMGAAUCUGUUUCUGUUGUAUCAUGUCCGAGUAAAGGUUUUAAUACUGUA